AAGAGCGAAUGAUAGUUCUGCUUUUUUGUUUUAGCAUCCUCAUUCUGGAUGCAAAGAACUUAUGUUAGCCUACAGAGUAAACAGGUGGAGGAGUGAAGAAAAGUUGUCUAUAUUCGGCUGAAGGGACGUCACAAAGAAAGGAGGAAAGAAGAUAAUCCUGUGUACUUUGCCCACAGAUGACCAAACAGUCAAUCAAGUGGAAUUCCUCGUAGUCCAACCUGCUCCCCAACUCAUUUCAAUCACUGGGACUUGAGCAAGUUGACUGUAGAUGAAACGUGGAUGAGGACAUGGAGCUUCUGUUGUCACAAGGACAAAAUUUGAAAAUAAUGCCACCUGUUGGAAGUACUAAGAAAUUCAGAAUUGAUAAAAAUUCUUAAAAAUGAGUUAUCAGUAGCAUAUUCACCAGUUGUAAGCAUUUUAAUGAAGGAAAACAGUUAUUUAACAAAAUACCUGUUAAAUUCUGGUUAGAAAUAUCAGCUGCAACUUUUUUUUUUUUUACACCACUAUUCGGUACAGAAAAUGAACUGGGAAAAUGUGUUUAAGAACAGACUACAAGGCUGGGUGAAAGCAGGCUCUGAUGUGAUGGGUGGGUGCAAUGGGAUGGUUGCCAAGGAGAAAUUGUGACCUCUUCUCCUGCACUGUGAUGCUUCAGGGCCCCAACCAGCAAAGUAUGAACGCCACUCUCCCUUGCACCAGGUUGCUUAUACAACAGUAGAUACAUCAGUAACCAAAGCUUCUCCUUCCCACCAAGAAAGGAAGCUCACAGGAGGAAGCAUGCGCGAGUGCAUCUCUGUCCACAUUGGCCAAGCUGGAGUUCAAAUUGGCAAUGCGUGCUGGGAACUCUUUUGCCUGGAACACAGCAUUCAGCCUGAUGGCACCUUCAGCGACCCACCCAGCAACGAUGACUCUUUUGCCACAUUUUUCAGAGAGACAAGCACGAGUAAAUACGUGCCCCGGGCUAUUAUGGUGGACUUGGAACCAACUGUAGUAGAUGAAGUGCGAACUGGCACCUACCGGCAGCUUUUCCACCCAGAACAACUGAUCACUGGAAAAGAAGAUGCGGCAAACAAUUACGCACGUGGCCACUACUCCAUUGGCAGAGACAAAAUUGACAUGGUGUCAGAUCGUAUCCGCAAACUGGCUGAUGCUUGUUGUGGACUGCAAGGAUUCCUCAUCUUCCACAGCUUUGGUGGGGGCACCGGCUCUGGCUUUACCUCUUUGCUGAUGGAACGUCUCUCUGUGGAAUAUGGGAAGAAGUCUAAACUAGAGUUUGCCGUCUACCCAGCUCCUCAGGCCUCCAGCGCCGUGGUAGAACCCUACAAUUCUGUCCUUACCACACACACCACCCUGGAACACUCAGACUGUGUCUUCAUGGUGGACAAUGAGGCCAUAUAUGACAUCUGCCACCGAAACCUAGACAUUGAGCGCCCGACAUACACUAAUCUCAAUCGCCUCAUCAGCCAGAUUGUCUCCUCCAUCACCGCCUCGCUGCGUUUUGAUGGUGCCCUCAAUGUGGAUCUGACAGAAUUCCAGACAAACUUGGUGCCCUUCCCACGUAUCCACUUCCCCUUGGUGACCUAUGCCCCCAUCAUCUCUUCUGACCGAGCAUACCACGAGCAGCUCUCGGUGGCUGAAAUCACCAGCUCCUGCUUUGAGCCCAACAACCAGAUGGUGAAGUGUGACCCCCGACAAGGGAAAUACAUGGCUUGCUGCAUGCUCUAUCGUGGCGAUGUAGUUCCCAAAGAUGUCAAUGUAGCAAUUGCUGCCAUGAAGACCAACAGGUCCCUUCAAUUUGUUGACUGGUGUCCAACAGGCUUCAAGGUUGGGAUCAACUAUCAGCCACCAACACCUACACCAGGGGGAGACCUAGCCCAGGUUCAGCGAGCAGUCUGCAUGCUGAGCAAUACCACAGCCAUUGCAGAGGCCUGGGCAAGGCUUGACCACAAGUUUGAUCUUAUGUAUGCCAAGAGAGCGUUUGUGCACUGGUAUGUAAGUGAAGGCAUGGAGGAAGGAGAAUUUGCAGAGGCCCGAGAGGACCUGGCUGCCCUGGAGAAGGACUAUGAAGAAGUGGCAACUGACUCAUUUGAAGAUGAAAAUGAUGAGGAACCUUAACAUUCACUUUGCCUUUUUCUGUGCAUAAACGGUUUGUCCUUCUCUGUGCA